AUGGCGCUCUUGCAGUUCAUCACGGCAUUCCUCUGCAGUCCUGUGUUAGCAGGGGGUCUCCAACUUCUGCCGCCCACCCUCCGAACUUCGGAAUCCCCUUCAGGCGCCGUUUGGCAAGUGGAUAAAAGCCCGAAGACUAUCUACAUCGAGAACAGUCUUGCCUCCAAAGCCGAUACAGAUGGCUUGACUCUCAUUCCACCAAAUGGCCACGACUUUGCGAAGCUCUUCCAACAAGACAUAAGCGAGCUUACAGGUGUCAACUGGACAUUACAGCGCGUCGAUCGUCUCCCUAAUGCCGCCAACGCCACUGGCAUUCUUCUCGGCUCUUUCACCAGCAACAAAUCGUCGCUCACUUACGAAAAUGGCAAUCCUACGUCGGAAGGUUAUGAGCUCGUCAUCUCCCCGUCUGGCGCCUUCAUCGGCGGCACAGGCGCGCGGGGGAUGUGGUGGGGGACCAGAACCUUGCUCCAGCUCCUGCUGGUAGGGAACGGGACUCUGCCCAUGGGGCGAUCGUUUGACGCGCCGGCAUAUGCUACGCGAGGCUUCAUGCUCGACGCCGGACGCAAGUGGUACGCGCCCACUUUCCUCAAGGAGCUGUGCAGCUUCGCUUCCUUCUUCAAGAUGAGCGAGUUUCACUAUCAUCUCAGCGACAAUUACCCGCUCAAUCGCGGGCAGAACGCGUCGUGGCAAGACGUCUACUCCCACUUUUCGCUGCGGCCGGAAGAUGAGAAUUUGCUACCGAUCCUUCAUGGCCGGGAGAAUGAAACCUUGUCCCGAGAAGACUUUGCUGAUCUUCAGAGUCAUUGCGCGUCAAGAGGUGUCACAGUUAUCCCGGAAAUCGAAGCACCAGGCCAUUGCCUCUACCUGACCAAGUGGAAGCCUGAGCUCUCGUUGGCCAAGCGCGACUUGCUCAAUCUGUCUCAUCCUGAUACUAUCCCGACCGUCAAGCGUAUCUGGUCGGAGUUUCUCCCCUGGUUCGAGACAAAAGAAGUUCAUGUUGGCGCAGACGAGUAUGAUGCGACGCUGGCUGACGACUACAUUGGUUUCGUGAACGAGAUGUCUUCUUUCAUUAACUCUACUACCGGCAAGAGAAUUCGGAUCUGGGGAACAAACGAGCCAUCUGAAAACAAGACGAUUUCCAAAGACGUAGUCAUCCAGCACUGGCAAUACGGCGAAUCGGACCCGGUUCUACUGGCAAACAAUGAUUACGAUGUUGUCAAUUCAGAGGACUGGUGGGCAUAUAUGUCUCUCAAGAACGACCAUAUGCCAAUCCUACCUGCUCGCUACCCGCAAUUCUUCAACGAGACUCGAGUCCUCAACUUCGCCAACGAACCAGAGUGGCAGUGGACACCAGCGGAUUUCAACCCUUUCAAUAAGACCAUGCAGCUACCAGAUAGUUCACCAGCAAACAGAGGUGCCAUUCUUGCGGCAUGGAACGACAAUGGCCCGGAUGCCUCUACACAGCUGGAGGCGUAUUAUGCCAUGCGUCGAGGCAUAGCGCUGGUCGGAGCACGCGCGUGGAGUGGCAGUCGUGGCGUAGAGCUGGCAGACGAAGGAGUUGCGCCUAGCAUCGACUUCUUCACGCCUCUCGCACCGGGACAGAAUCUUGAGCGUGUAGUGAAGAAGCCCAAGUCUGCAUGCAAAGGCCCACUAGUCUCAUGGUCUCGCCCUGUCAAUUAUUCCGAUGCUGUACACCUUGGCCACGGAAGUAAGGGGAUGAACUAUACCCUGACUCUAGCUGUUACGGGGCCUUUCACUCUCUCCGGUCCAGAUACUGCUCUCUCAUUAGAUGAUAGUGGUAGCAUCGCAUUCAGUGCGGACGGAUGGGCUUAUCCUCUCCGGUCUGUUAGCAAACAAGAUGCCAUGGAACUCGACCCUGGGCACCCAGGCCGGAUUUGGUCGAACGUCUCUACUUCCACACACGAGGCAGUGUCGGUGCCGAAGCUACCUGCGAACAUCACAAUCACCACAGACGUGCCUCACGGAAGCAUGGCCUGGAUCAACGGGCAAUUCGCAGGGCGGUUCGAGGUGUUUGUGUAUGGAGGUCGCAACACACUCUUCAGCUGGAGCCAAAUGGCCUUCGUUGCGCCAUUGGAAGAUAUACAUGGCCCCGGGCUACAAGGUCUUGUGGUCGACGGAGUUGCUAAUGCAACUUAG